UCCCAACUCCGAAGGCCAAGUGUGGAGAAAACAUAAUUAUUACCACAAUUUCAUUCAAGGGCCAUAAAAAGCAACACACAUUUACUCUCUGUGUUUCUCUACUGCUUCACACUUGUCCUGUUAUCCUCUCUGUAUUUCUUCCAGCUUCAAUAUGGUCCCAAUAAUUCAUGUUUGCCGUGUCUUGAAUCCACUGGCUCUAGCCAAGUUCUUGACCUCAAAGGAAUUCUCCUUCGAGUGAAGCCCCCUAAAUAAAAAGAAAGAUCAUUCUCAAAACCUCCACUAGAGAUCAGAGUGACAAACAGUUCAGCUGUCCUGAAAUGGAUUCCUUCCACUUCCACAAAAUCCAAAUGGAGAAAGCAAACGCCAAGCUACGGCACCGCAGGCUUCACAAGAUUACGGCCAUGUUCCGCCUGAUGGAGUUCUGCAUAUUGUUGAUCAUAGUCUCCAGCUUCACAGUCCAACUUCCUGUCGCUUUUAAGCUCUCAGGUGAGUAUUUCAGGGGAUUCUCGGUCACGGCGGUGAGUCCCGGGUUUGUAUUCAUCCUUGGCAACGCCAUAGUCCUCGUCCUGUUUCUCAAAUCUGGGCAUCCAUCUGCGAAAAAUGCUGACACGACAGUCAACAGUAAGCUAGAUUUGUACGACGAAUACGUUAAAAUUAAUUCUGAAAAGAAUCCAAGUGUUUAUAAAGAAGAAAAUACUGCGUGUAAAAAACAGAGGAAACAGAGUGGCAGCACUUGUGUCAGUAGAGAAGUAGCAGUGAGUUCUGAUGCACACAAUUCCCGUAGUGAUAAUACCAAGGAAAGGAAGGUAAAGAUUCAGAGGAGCCAAUCGGAAAACUUGAAGAGGGCGGUGCAGCAGGAGUGUGCUGGCCGAGAAUUGAGGCGGUUGGCAACGGUUAAAUGCAGGGGACAUGUAGAUAAUGAGGAGAAGCCGGCGGUGUUGGGUAGUUCAUAUAAGGAGGACGAAAUGAGCAAUGAAGAGUUCCGACGAACUGUGGAGGCUUUUAUUGCUCGGCAGCAGAGGGCUUUGAGGGAGGAAGAAGAGCUUUCACAGUGUUUCCUUCGAAACUUAUAAUACCUCUGUGUAAUCCCCUCGCUUCCUCUCUUCUUCUUGCAGCUCUUUAAUGUAUUUUUCCUUUUUUGGAAAUUAGUAGUACCUUAAAAUCCAUAGCCAUAACAAGACUAUCUCUGAAUGAUGUUUAUCUAAAUAAUAAGAACAAUUUAAUA